AUGUCCCUGCUCUCCUCAACAAUCCAGACCGCUCACGCUGCCGUGACCUCCCUCCUCAGCGCCGCCGAAGUCAAGCCCGGCUCAACCAUUCCGACUUCAGCCCUCGUGAAGGAAGACAGCUCGACCGAAACAUUCACUUUCGAGGGGCUCACGGGAAAGAACGUCUUUGUCGGUGUGCCCGGCGCAUUUACGGGAACGUGCAGUGCGCAAGUGCCUGGGUACAUCAACGCGUACGAGAAAUUCACCGCCAAGGGCGUGCGCAACGUCUACGUUGUCGCCGUGAACGACGUGUUUGUGAUGAAAGCGUGGAAAGCACAGCUUGCCAACGGGGGAACGCCGAUCAAGUUCAUCGCCGAUGAUGAAGGCGCGUUCGUCGGUGCGCUCGGCCUGCUUUUUGACGCAUCCCCGCUCCUCGGUGGCCCUCGUUCGAAGCGCUUUGUUCUCAUCACCGAGGGUACUCAAAUCACGCAUGUCGUAGUAGAGCCCGUGCCGAGCGAGCUCACGGUCUGCGCGGCGGACAAAAUCCUGGCACUGUUGUGA